AUGCGCCGCUGGGGCCCCCCAGGGGGCCCCUCGGGGGUCCCCCCUGGAAGCCGCGCCCAUGCUGUGGGGCCCGCGCGCAACAGCAGCAGCAGCAGCAGCGGCGCGCAUGCAGGCAGCAGCAGCAGCAUGGACGUGGAGGACCUCGGGGGGCUCCCGCAGCAGCGGCAGCAGCAGCCUCCGCGUGCGCAGCGCGUAGCUGCAGCAGCAGCGGAAGCGGCCGCAGAAGCAGCCGCCGCGGCCGCAGAAGCAGAAGCAGCAGCAGCAGCAGCAGCAGAAGCGAGCAGCAGCAGCAGCAGCGCAGCAAGCCGUCCCAGCAGCCUGGAGUCGCGCUUCGGAGUGGAGGUCUGGCAAGGCGGGGGCCGCCGUGUCGGGUAUCUCUACAACAUCAGCCAAACCUCUGUUGCUGUUGCUGCCAGCAGGGAGCAGCAGCAAACUUUCUCAGACGCGUUUGGGGUUUUGAAUAGAAAAAGGGACUUUUUGAAACUUUCUUUUCCAACUGUCAAAGACCUCGUGGACGCCAGACUCGAAAUACACAGAAUCCUUCGGGAAAGUGCGCGGGAGAAAGGGAGAAGGGAGCUGCUGCACCGGCGGCGGUUUGUGGCUGAGGGCGAGGAGACAGAAGGAGACACAGCAGCAGCAGCAGCAGCAUCAGCAGCAGAUGGCAGCAGCAGAGAUAGAGACCCCCAAGAAGACGCUUUGGGCCUCAUUGAUGAUCUCUACGAGGCGGAUGUACUCUACAUCACCAGAUGCUGCAUCGACCUGGACAUUCGCUGCGGGCGAUGGUAUUCCAUUUCGAGGCAAAAGCCGGACGUCACAGAGCCUCUAAAGCUGGAGGCGCUGGAGGACUUGUCUGCUGCUGCGAGCUUGUCAGUGCUGGCGUUCGACAUAGAGUGCUUCAAGCUGCCGCUGCAGUUCCCGGAAGCAGCAAGAGACCCUUUGCUGCUGCUGUCGCUGGUAUUCAACGGGCAGGGCUAUUUGCUGCUGAACUGCUGCUGCGUUGCUGCUGCUGCUCCUUGCUUCGGCUUCGCCCCGCGCCCCGAACUCAGGGGCCCCGGGGACUUCGUCGUUUUCAAUGAACUUUCGGAAAAACUUCUUCUCCAAAGAUUUCUCCAACUUCUUCUCAAACUCAAACCCCACAUUCUCGUCACUUACAACGGAGACGACUUCGACCUGCCCUACCUCAUCAAACGCGCCCAAGUGCUAGGCGUCGACUUUCUGGGGACUUUAGGACUGCAGCAAAAAGAGCUGGGGGGCCCCGUAGUUGGAAUAGGGCCUUUAAUUCAUUUAGACGCUUUUAAGUGGGUAGAAAGGGACUCCUACUUGCCCCAGGGUUCUCGAACUCUGAAGACAGUUUGCAAAGCCAAACUUGGAUUUAAUCCCGUCGAAGUCGACCCCGAAGACAUGGUCCCCAUGGCCCAAAACGACCCCCAGCGACUUUGCGUAUAUUCCGUCUCCGACGCUGUCGCCACUUUUUUGCUUUACGAGAAAUUCAUCCACUCUUUCAUUUUGGCCCUUUCCUCCAUCAUCCCCAUGGCCCCGGAGUCUGUGUUGCGUCAGGGGAGCGGGACUUUGUGCGAGAGUUUGCUGAUGGCGGAAGCAACAAAAAGGAGAAUUUUAAUUCCAAAUAAACACAAAAGCAGUUUAGUGGAAUUCUUCAAAGACCCCCAAACCCUCAAACAGCACCUCGUCUUCGAACAGUCCUACGUCGGAGGCACCGUCGAGUCUCUCCGCUGCGGCCUUUACCGGUCAGACUUGAAGGAGAGUUUCGCAAUGGACAGCAGCAAACUGGAUUUGCUGCUGCAGCUGGCGGAGCCUUGUCUGCAGCACUUUCUGGCGGAUGCUGCUGGGGGAGGGGGUUUAGCUGCUGCUGCAGUGGCGAAUGCAGCAGCAACAGUUGCAGACAUAAAGCAGAAGCUGCUGCUGCUCAAAAACAAACAAAACCAUCUUUUAAAUCCUUUAAUUCUCCACUUUGAUGUUUCUGCAAUGUACCCAAACAUCAUCAUUUCGCAAAGGCUCCAGCCAGCAGCUGUCAAGACACCCCAGCAGUGCAGGGAGUGCCCCUGGUUCGACAGAGCUCACGAGUGCCAGCGGAAGCUUCCGUGGAGACGCAAAGUGGAAAUGAGUCCAGCAGAUAAAGGAGAAGUUUUGGCGCUGCAGCAAAGUUUGGCGACUUUGCUGCACGGGGCUGCUGACAGCAGCAGCAGCAGCAGCAGCAGCAGCAGCGCAGCAGCAGCAGCAGCAGCGGCAGGGGACACGGACGCGGAGAGUGAAGCGAAUGAUGUGGAGUCUGGAGAAGAAGAGGAAAAAGAUGAAAAGAAAAAUAAAAAUAAUUCAAAGGGGACUUUCAAAUCUUGGCAUGAAUUGACAGAAAAGCAAAAACACGAAAUCCUCAUUAAAGCCGUCAAAAAAUACUCCCAAAGGGCCCACAAAAAGACCAAAAUCGUCAAAGAACUUGACGAGGAGUCCAUUGUUUGCCAACGGGAAAACCCUUUUUACGUGGAGACAGUAAAGGCCUUCAGAGACAGGAGAUACAUUUUCAAGAAAAGAUUAAAAGAAGCUCAAAACAAACUGCAGCAGCUGCAGCAGCAAAACGGACCUUUCCAGGCAAAGAAAGAAGCUGCCGACGCGGUGUUGCUGAACGACUCUUUGCAGUUGGCGCACAAGUGCAUUUUAAAUUCUUUUUACGGAUAUGUCAAAAGACCUGCUGCCAGAUGGUACUCCAUUCAAAUUGGAGCAAUUGUCACAAAGAUGGGAGCUGAUAUCAUUCAAACUGCAAAGUGA